AUGUAUCUACCAAAAGAGCAUCUCGACCGUGACGAGCGACUGGAUCUCGCGACGAAGAUUACAUCUCAGCGGGAAACCACUACCAAGAGCACUGCGUGUAUUCCACUAUCUAUGCGCUACAUCAAAGACCUUCAGUGGUGGCCUAUUGAGAUCUUGCGGGCCUUGGGUAACCUCGCCGACGAAAUGCCCGGUAUCGACGACUGGAAUAAUGUCUACGAUCUACUGGUAGAGGGCAAAAUGAAGAGGAUGAAGGACAGUUCGAACACCUCGUCAGCAGAGAUACACCUGAGCGACAUAGAAUUCGUUCGAGAGCGCGUUCGGGCGGGAGAAGGGAAGGGAAAGCAGAAUAUGGUUGACACAACUAUGGACGAUGACGAAGCAGAUUCCACCCGACACACAUUUGAUGAUACGAGGUAG